AUGAAUAUUUUAGACUAUAUCGAGAACUCGAGUCAGUCAGAUGGUUUAGAUGAGCCAUCCCGCAACUCUUCAACCCAAACUGAUGCAGAGAUUGCUACAGUCAAAGAUCUUGAUAAGAUAUACGAGCAGAUUCGCAAGAUCAGAGUUGAGGAUUUAAGCUCUAUUUCGGAAAUGGUUAGUGUGAACACUUCAGGAAUUCAAGAGCUUGCCCUUCAAAUGGACAAUACUGUCCAUAGGAAUAAAUUCAAAUUCUUAGAGCAGAAGAUUUUGGAAUUCGUUCCUUACGAAGAAAUGAGAGAAAUCCAGGAUAGUCUUACUAAAUUCGUUAAAAAGCCAGAAUUUGAAACAUUAAGCGCUGAUGCUGAACAAAUACAACAAAAAAUAGAGACAUUAGCUUCGAAAUCAUUUGUAACUGAAGGACUUGAUCGUCUGAAUCUCAAAUGCAAGACCAGAGAGAAAGACUUUGUUAAAUUUCAUCUAUUCUCUCAAAAUAUGAGUGAAAUGGAUUCCAAGCUAGAGAAGCAAGGACAUGAUGUCAAAUUUAAUAAGAUAGAAAUCUCAAAAAUACAUGACGAGCUUAAAGAGAUUCAUAAAAGCCUUAAGAAAUAAGCUAGAGCAGCAUAAUCUUGCCUCAGAAUCUACCAGGAUCUGGAACAAGAUCCGGACUCUCUGUGACCAAGAUGAUGUAGAUGAGCUCAAAUAAAAAAGUUAUUCCGUUCCUAUCACAGUUUAAAAAACAGAUGGGCGCUUAUGAAAAGCAGCAGACUCAGAAUAAGGAUAUCAUCAUGAGAUUUGAUGAAGUUUUACUUGAAAAGGCACCAAAACAUCGUAUUGAUGAGUUGGAAAAUAAGUUACAAAAGUACUGUACUAAACUCGAUCAUUUUACCAACCACCAGGUUCUUAAGGAAGAGAUAGAGAAGGUUAGCAAGCGGAUAGACCAGCUCGAAGAGCAAGCUCUUAAGGAUACAGAAGAAAGAACCAAGACUUUCACAUCUAUUUUGAAUAAACUCCGGAAAGAAGUCACCGAAUGCUAUGGAGGGCAACCUAUAGAUGCUCGAGUCUUUGAAUCACAGAUGAAACUUAAAGCUAAUGUUGAAGAAGUUUAUGAAAUCCGAGAGAAAAUGGUUAAUGAUCAAGAUUAUCAAGUCUUUGUAGAUCAACUAAAGCACUCAUCAAGACAGUUGCAUCAAACUCUAUUUGUAUUGAUUGACUAUUUAAAGAAAAUGAGUGCAAAUAAGGAUGAUGAUCUAAAAUAGCCAAAAUUUAUCCUCUCUGUACUCUAAACAACUUCAGAGCAUCAUAAACGUUGAUUUAAAAUCUGGUGUCCCGAAGAACAAUAUAAAGGGAAAGUUUAAUAAGAAGAAACUUCUGAAGAGAUUAAGUUCACAUAGAAAUUCCACUGCAUACACAAGUCGUAGGAUUGUAUUCAACCCAAAUAGGAGUUUGUUUACCAACCCUUCGAAUCACAAGAACCAGUCUAUCAUGACUACAUCUAUUGAACGGAUGCUGAAUUCUGCCGAAAGGGUUGAUAUUGAGGUAAAGAAUUUUGACUAGAAUCCUAAUCAGUAAUUAAAAGGCCACAAAACUGCUUAAUU